UUGGCACCAGCAGAGAGGUCAGAGAGGUGGGCAUGGGCAUCAACAGAGAUGUGAGAGAGGUGGGCAUGGGCCCUAACAGAGAGGUCAGAGAGGUGGGCAUGGGCCCCAACAGAGAGGUCAGAGAUGUGAGAGAGGUGUGCAUGGGCCCUAACAGAGAGAUCAGAGAGGUCAGAGAUGUGGGCAUGGGCCCUAACAGAGAGGUCAGAGAGGUGAGAGAGGUGGGCAUGGGCCCCAACAGAGAGGUCAGAGAGGUGAGAGAGGUGGGCAUGGGCCCCAACAGAGAGGUCAGAGAGGUGAGAGAGGUGGGCAUGGGCCCCAACAGAGAGGUGAGAGAGGUGAGCAUGGGCCCUAACAGAGAGAUCGGAGAGGUGAGAGAGGUGAGAGAGGUGAGAGAAGUGGGUAUGGGCCCUAACAGAGAGAUCAGAGAGGUGAGAGAAGUGGGCAUGGGCCCUAACAGAGAGGUGAGAGAGGUGAGAGAGGUGAGCAUGGGCCCUAACAGAGAGGUCAGAUAGGUGAGAGAAGUGGGUAUGGGCCCGAUCAGAGAGGUCAGUGAGGUCAGAGAGGUGAGAGAGGUGAGCAUGGGCCCUAACAGA